UGAUAUACACAUAUUUAUACUCUAGUUCGAUCGAAGGUCGUUUGGUGAGAAGUUACAAAAGGAGUUUCAAUGGUUUCUCAGCCCGACUCACGGAGUCAGAACGAGAAAGAGUAGCCGAAAUGGAGGGAGUUGUGUCUGUGUUCCCGAGCAAGAACUACAAACUCCAAACGACGGCGUCAUGGGACUUCAUGGGAAUGAAGGAAGGGAAGAAUACAAAGCCAAACUUGGCCGUAGAGAGUGAUACUAUUAUCGGAGUCAUCGACAGUGGGAUUUGGCCAGAAUCCGAGAGCUUCUCUGAUAAAGGCUUUGGUCCUCCUCCUAAGAAAUGGAAAGGUGUUUGUUCAGGCGGCAAAAACUUCACGUGCAAUAAGUAA